GGUGUAGGAUAAAAGGGGAUGCAAAAGAAAGAUGGGAGAGCGUUGGUCGCGGGUUUCGCGCCCUAUAUAAGCGGCGUCUCCUCGCCUAUCGGCGUGUAAUCGUCCCAUCGUCGUCGUACAGGAGGUGGUACGCUGUCUGAAAACAAGCAUGUUGAAAACGCUGUUGCUCGCCGGAUUGUUGGCCGUCGCGUUGGCCGCGCCAGCGCCGGCUCCGAUCCCAGCCCCGGCUCCGACACCCUCGCCUCUUGCACCGGCCGCUCUGCUCUCCGCCGCCCCGCUGCCGGCCGCUCCACUGCCGUCACCCGUCAUCUCCAACAUCGGCUCGCCACUUCUCUACCCCAACUACCCGGCGUCCAUCUCAGUUGGUUACGCGCCUGCUGCCUCCUACAUUUACAAAAGCUACGUGAUCUAAUACGCCAAGUAGUGAACGAGGUUUCUGGAUCGGAUCUGUCUACUCGCCACGGAUCGAAGCAGGAGGGGGAUCGAAUCGAAUUCGAAUCGAUCGUUUCGUUAUGCUUAUUCGAAAGAAAAGAGAAAAAGGAGAAAAAAGAAUCUCGUUUCUGUACUUUCUCACGAUCUUUCGAUCGUGAAUCGUUCGAUCUUCCGUCCAUUUUUUUUUUUCUUCUUCUGUAUCUUUAGAUCCGUUGUAUCGUAAUAAAAUUAUUUGAACGCAAA